AUGACUAUUGUGCAUAUGGUUAUGUUUAAAUUUCGACCGGAAGUAACCAAGGAGCAUAAAGAAAAGUUUGUGGAAGAGCUGAAAAAGUUGAAAGAACUGGAAUGUGUCAAAGACCAUCGUCUAGUAGUUGGGGGCCCGUCGGUUACAGAUCCUAUCGAAAGAAGCAAAGGGUUUGAAAUUGCUUUACUCAGCUUUCACGAGAACUUACAAGAAUUGGAAAAUUAUCAGGCCAGCAAAGAGCAUCACUGGGUCACAAACACGUAUAUGUUCCCUUACAAAGAAGAUCUUAUACGCUUCGACUUUAAGGUCGCAUCAGAAGAUGAAUAUAUGUGGAAGUUCCUCCCUGUCAAUGAAAUUUUAAAAGAUUAG